AUGCCACUAUAUGGUCAAUUUGUCAUUGGUCCCCCUGGCAGUGGCAAAACUACCUAUUGCGAUGAAAUGAGCAAGUACUUAAAAGAAAUGGGCAGACAAGUAGCUAUUAUCAAUAUAGGUUAGUUAUUUAGUUUUAAAAUAACUAUAUAUUAAACAUAAAUUUGGCUAUCCUUUGCACACACAUACAUUUUUUGCAAUCAUAACGAUUAAUAAAAAUCAUGUUUCUCCCAAUGUAUCAUUCUGUGUAAACAAGAGAGUGGUGAUUGUGAUUGUAUAAGAGAAAGAUGAAAUGAUAUUAGUGAUAAUGUCAGCAUACAAAUUUGUGUUCAUUGUUGUAUCCUUAUGUUUAAUAUUUAUAAAAAUUAAAAUUUCCCUUGUUUUAAUGUGCUGGUUUAUAACAUUUCAGUCUGAAUAUUUAUUAUGGUAUAGUGUUAUAUUUAUUAAUUUAAACUUUGCGUACAUUUAACUUUUUUCAUUAUAUGCCACAUAGGCUAAAACCAUUGUUAUUUACUGUGUUUGCUUAAUGUAAUAAUAACUAAUUGGUAAUAUUAGCAAUAAGUAUUUGUACAUUACGAUAUAAGGUUAAGGUUAAAUAUAAGAGAAUGUCAUACCUAUAUCUACUGUCUUGGUUUAACUAAUAGGAUAUAUAAUGAAAUUCCAAGGAUUAAAACAUAAAUUGCGACAUUAUUUAGGUUAGAAUUAGAAUUCAAACAAAAAUAAAAAAAUGUAUAGAGGUGAAUAUUUUUGAGUGUUGUGCACAGCUUUUUAAGCUUUUAAAGCUUUUAAAGAUCCAUUUUAGAUUCUGAGGGUAGCGAGGGAACUAUCAGUUUUACUAUGCAGUUUAUUUCUUCUUUGUUCUAGUCUGUGGACACAUUUUUUCCUAGUAAACUUGCUCCAAUUAUUAUGUAUAGCAACUUUUCUGAAAGCUCAAGUUGUCUAGACUAUACUUUAGAGAGGUCAUUUUUUGAUUUUCGACGAUGUUUUUUAAAUGAAAGCACUUAAGUGGGAAAAAACGUAGGAAAACAUACAAUUUCACGUUUUUAUUAUUUUAUAAAAAUACGGACAACGUUUUCUACCAGAAAAGUCGAAAAUCACAAGACACCUUUUUUGUUGUCAUUUGAUUUACUUCCUUAUGGUAUCAUUGUCAAAACUUUUGAGCUUUUAAGGAAUUUAAAUUUUUGGUAGUAUUUUUUCUGUAAAUCAAUUAUAAAUAAACGUAUACUAUAAACUAGAAACUUGGUAAUAAUACUUAUAUUGGACUUACCUACUCGUGGUAAAAUUUUCAAAAUCAUCGGACGACUUAUUUUUUUUAUUAGUAAAAAAGAUUUAUACACUACAACAUUUAAAAAAACUUUUUUAUUUGCGUUUAAAAUAUAAUUGUAUAUAACCUGUUAUUAUUGAGUAAAAGCACGAAAUUAUAUAAUACUAUGAAUCAAAUAUUUAAAAUUUUUAUGAAAAAUAACUAUUUUAUAUUGUGUUAAAGUAAUAUGUAUUCUUUUUUUAGAUCCAGCCAAUGAUUCAGUGAAAUAUGAAGCCGCAGUUAAUAUAUCAGAACUUAUAACAGUUGAAGAUGUAAUGGAGUAUGUAAAUUUAGGACCCAAUGGGUCAUUGAUAUUUUGUAUGGAAUACUUGGAAAAACGGCUCACUUGGUUGUUGGAAAAAUUAAGAAAAUACACGGAUUAUUAUUUACUAUUCGAUUGUCCUGGACAGGUACAUAAUUAAUUGUAUAUAAUGUUCAUUUAUUACGAGGUUUCUAGUUAAUUUUAUAUAAUAUUAAUUUAUUAAAUAAUUCUUUAAGUAACAUGAUAUAAUACUAUAAAUUUAGGUAGAAAUAUACACUCAUCAUAAUUCAAUGAAAAAUAUUAUGUCUGCAAUUCAAAAUGAACUCGAUUUACGAUUAUGUUGUGUUCAGCUCAUCGACUCACAUUAUUGUAGUGAUCCAAGUAUAUAAUUUAUCUAUUAAUAUUAAUUAACAGUAUAGAUAAUUAUAUUAUUUAUUAACGUGAUAAAAAUUUUACAUUAUUUAAAAUCAUUUUCAGGUAAAUAUAUUUCGGCACUAUUAAUGUGUACAUGUACCAUGUAUCAAAUGGAAUUUCCUCAUGUGAAUAUACUGUCAAAAAUUGAUAUAGCUAUUAAACACAAGUCUAAGCUUUUAUUCAAUUUAGAUUAUUACACGGAUGUUUUAAGUCUUGAUCAGUUAUUGGAUUCUUUGCAAAAUGAUCCUUUCACUGCUCGGUAAGUACAUUGUUUUGUUUUUACUAAUUAUUAACCAAAUUAGAAAGAUUUUUAUAAUAAUUGGUCCCUCUGUCAUAUUUAAAUUAAAUCUUCGAUUUUACCAUAUUAUAUAUAGUGUAUUGCUAUUAUACAUUUAUAACUUUCAGUGUUUUGUAGUAAAUAGUGUUCUUUUUUUUAUUUAAAUGUCCAUACUCGAUUUGUAUUAAAUAAUUUUUUUUUUUAUAGAUAUUAUCGGUUGAACAAGGCUAUAAUUAGUAUGAUUGAAGGAUACAAUAUUGUAUCAUUUAUACCACUAAACGUAAAAGAUAAACGAACAAUGGAAUUAGCAAGAAAAAAUAUUGAUAAAGCAAAUGGAUAUAUAUUUAAUUCAGAAGAGAACCAAAAUGCUAUGUUAAAUUCAGUUAUGCAAUUGGACAUCAAUGAUCUAACUCUUGAUGUUUUAGAAGAUUUACCUAAAACUGAUUCAAUUGAAAUGGCACAAGAUUAA